AUGCUUGAGGAUUUGAGACAAAAUAUUGAAAAAGAAUUUAAAUCAAUGUAUAACGAAGCUGAGAAAAUGGCAGACAUUUUGGAUAUUAACAUUUCUAUCAAACGUAUAGUUAAGAAACAGGCAAAUCGUGCAAAUAUAUUUACUGAGGAUAAGACGAUUCAACCUGAAAAUUACUAUAGAAUUACUAUAGCAAUACCAUACAUUGACUCUUUUAUAAUUAAUUUAAAAGAAAGAUUUCUUAUACACAAAAAUAUUUUAAAAGGUUUUCAAUGUAUAUUUUCUGGCAACAUUGACUUUCAAGAAUUUGAAGAACUUGUACAUUUUUAUCUUAACACUGAUGUUCAGACAGUAAUUGCAGAGUUAAAAAUCUGGCAAUCAAAAUUGAAUUUAACAAAUCAACAUCCUACAAUAGCUAUAGAUGCUCUGAGACUAUGUAAUUCCUCAAUAUUUCCAAAUGUGCAUCAACUACUUAAAAUACUGUGUACCUUACCAGUAUCCACAUCAACACCCGAAAGAACGUUCUCGUGCCUUAAAAGGCUUAAAACAUACUUAAGAAAUACGAUGGCUGAAACUAGAUUAAAUGGAUUAACAUUAUUAUCAAUUCAUCGGGAAGUUCCAAUUACGCCCGAAGAAAUUCUAGAUAUUAUGGCACAUAAAUCUAGGAAAAUAGACAUUAUAUUGUAG